CCAUUAUUCCAUCAGGCGCGCAGCAAAUGAUCCUAAUACCAUAGGAUUCAACUCACUGUCUACUGAAUAAGAUAAUAUAACGCGCCUUUGAACGUCAACCCUUCUUAACGCGCCACAGACCUCGUCCUUUCCUCGCCAAGACGACACUCACUUUCGGAUAUGAUAUCUGAUUCCAUUCGCCAAACACUUCACGAACCUCUCUUCCCAGAGUUCAAGCCUUCUUGAAUACUGCUGAUCACUGUGAGAACAUUCGCGUUUGGGCAGCUGAUGUGAAGGUCACAAUGGCAGGUUGCGUCAAGGUGCCUCUGCGACCCGGCUCGGAUGGAGACGCCACCCAUCGGCCCAAAGAUCCAGCAAGAAAAGAAUCAUCCCCAGCCCUAUAUCUCGAGAAGAUCGGGCAGUUAUGGAUGAAGGCACGCGGUGAAGCACGUCCCGGCAUCGAGUAUGAACUUGAGCGACUGCCAGCCGGCUAUGCGGUAUACGAGCGUGCGCGCCCUACAAAGCCUUCUCACGUGGACAAAUGGCUCUACGGUCACCCUGAGCACAAGACGUUUGAUUCACCAAACAGAUUCUUCAAGCAUUUCCAGCACUUGAUGGAAAACAAUGGUAGCAAUAUUGGCUGCCCAUGCGAUGUGUGCAACUCUGCGGAGCGACGCAGACCCUCACUGGGAAGUGUGAGCGCUUCCAGCACUUCAACUAGCUCUAGAGCUUCGAAAGUGCCAAAAAGUCUCGACGGUUUCAGAUUUGAAGCGGCCAACAAAGCUAAAGCUAACGAACCGCAAGCUUCUGAUGCAGGCCUGAACUCUCGUAGGGUCGAUGAAGAGGGGACUCCCGAUGUCUAUCGAAACCUGAUUGAUAAAUUGAAAGUGAAUGGCACUCUGGAUGAGCUAAUCACUGAGCCUUUGAGCCCGGAUUGGCGGGCGCAACAAGAGAUCUUGCCGACAACACUUAAGCGGCUGAAGAACAAUCCGCAAUGGCUCCCUCGUCACGGAGAGAUCGUGCUAUACGUCAAAGACAUUCCUACGGGCUUCGAAAUUUGUUGGACACCUUCCGGCGAGGUGAUGCUUUACAACCCAAUGACCAAAGCCUAUGAUGGCCACCCAAUGUGGGAGGCAGGGUUUGUUGCCCAGACCCCGAUUGAGGCAUCUAAGCUCGAGGACCUCAUCACAGAGACUGAGAAGGAGAUGAACGUGAGCUAUUCUGGCAUACGUGUGGAGCAAAUACCGAACGUAAACGGAUUUGAUAGGUCUCUUUCCAAACGUGCCUAUUACGUGCCUAUACAUCGUGUAAGGCCAUUCGCGUUCUGGAAGGAAUUCCUCAACAAUGUUCCCGCCAGCCACUGGCACCAUACCGUCACGAACGCGUUGACGUUGACGGCCACGCUUUCGCUUAUGGGUAGCUAUCGUUUCCGAGGAACUUGGCCGUCUGCACAGAUAUAUGCACAUGGGAUCUAUGUUGGUCCUGAGCUUUUCAGCGUUGGCGAUACCGUUCGCCUCUUACCUCGGGCGGGCGACCCUACAUGCACGCAAGUCAUGAUAAUCACGUCUAUUCGAUUGAAGUUGGCAUCUCUGGAUCUCGCUUCGGACAACGAUUGGGAUGAAGGCCGUCCCUACAACUUGUCCAUCAGUGUCUACGGAAGAGCCUAUACAAGCGACUCCUCCAGAUCAGAUAAACAGUGGAUCACCCCAGAUUAUCAAGACAAUUUCACUCCCGUAUUACGGUCUUAUGGAGAGUGGUACCCGCUACAUUCUUCAACCCAGGAAAUGACCGUUCCUUUUACGCGACUCUUUUCCCGGUUCUACGAGGCCCCGGCCAUGAGUCUUUGGUUUCCCCAUAUACAGUGCCCAACUAUCGAUCUGGGCCGGGUCGGUGCGCAAGAAGCCCGCGCAUACGCACAGGCAAACGACCAUCGAAUCAACAACGAUCCAAUAGGAGCGAACUGGUACUGGGCCGACACGAGAGUGCAAGCCUUGGGCCUGCAAACUGUAAGCGGGUCCGACGUGGGCAAAUACAAUGAAGAAAGAGACCUAAAGCAUUGGCGAGAAAUGAUCAAGGCACUCAACAAAUUUGAUGCAAUUGCGAAAGAAAACGCAAUGAAGCACAUAAACCCAGAUUCGGAUACCAAAAUGAUCAACACUACCGACGAAGAGCACGAGGGGAACAGACGUGCUCACGGAUCACCCAGUGAAGAGGAGGUAGCGAGGCUCAACCUCGAGGCGGAGAUCCUACGCAGCACGAAAAUUAUUGACGAUACUCACAAACGCAAGAGGCAGAGGGGUGAAGUGCGGAUCAUCAUCGAUGACUAGAGCAAUUUCCCUAGAUUCUCAUGCCGCCAUUUCGGUGAUGUGAUAGCACAGCAAGCAAGUGCCUGUGGCAAGUGACAGUACUCAUAAGCCAAGUUAUUCAUACCGGACAAGCAACAAAACAUGCCAUUAGACACAACCGGGAUACCCCUCACAAUGGACUGAUGACUUCAUCUCUUGCGGAGGCAAUCAUGAAGCGAUGAUGCUAUCAUGACUGAAAUUAUAAUAUUGGCAAAAUGCC